AUGCGCUCUGGGUUGCAGACUCCUGGAGUUAUCCCGUUGCUCGCUCUCGUCGUCUUCGCACUGCUCAGCGUGGUACCGACGGCUUUGACGGCAUGGGAGAGCUCCAGUGCACGUCCAAACUGGCUGGCAUACCAUGCCAAUGACCUUCCACGUGCGUUACGAGACUUGGCCGCGUCGAAUCCGACGCAGCGUUGGCUGAUCCCGGAAGCUCCAGGCUCUGGUAUGGAGGAUGAUGCAUCCAUCCUCGAUGUCGACACCAGCGUCCAAGCGUUCUACAUAGGAGAUGGCUACGAUGGCUUCUCCCGCGACUCCAUCCUGUCCCCACGUCCCAAAUAUCACCUCCCCCAGGUGACCGUCAGCGAGUCUACCGAUUCCAGGCCAUUUGUGGCAGCAGAAACAAUGAAACAAGACCUUGUGGAGGAAGCUACCGACAGCGUGACCGUCUUCUCUGGCCCUUUCCGUUCGUUGAGGACGUUCGUUUCCCAUGGCUCUAAGGAUAGCCGACUGGGACACCUGCUCCCUGGCCGGAACAUGCUGUCGACCGUUUUCUCAGCGGUUGCAAACUCUUCUCACCAAGGGGUCCUUGCUGAUCGGACAAGGGGCACUUCAUGGACGACAGGAUCCAAACCGGACGGUAACCGCCUGGUCUCCGGCCUUCCGUUUCCUGGUAGUCUCUGUGAGACGUGGCAGCAGGUCUGUCACCUGGGAAUGAGCGCUUGGGGCGACUGGGACCGCUCUGCCCUUCUUGCCAUGUUCAACGGAUGGAUCGGUUCAAGCAAAAAGAACCCUGUUCAUCACGAAUCCCUUGGGAAGAGUCAAUUCACGGUACAUCGCCAAACAGAAGGCUCUGUACUCAGGAGUCAGUCGUCAACAUAUGACGAGACGGCCCACCCCUUAUCGAAAGCCUCAAAAACUCACCUCUUCGAUGCGUCGACUCUAACUCUUCCCCCUUCCACGAGCCCCACCGACCAGCCUAACGUCGCUGCUGGCGCUUCGACGAGUCCCAAGGAAAUGCGUGGAAGCUGCAUGGCCAUCGUGAUCGGCUUGGUAGUCGGGAUCAUGUGGUUUUAA